AUGGGACUGCUAACGGAUCCCAGUACUGGCCAAGGAAAAUUCGUGAAACUCUUAUUGAAGUACUAUAACAAACUUUGCAUUCUCUUGUACCUAUCUGGAAUAAUAUGGUUCUGUGCGUUAGCUUAUCCUACAAUGAAUGCUAGCACAUACUUUUCCGAAAAUGCUUUACUACCUGGUCUAGUCAAAUCACAAUUCAGAGAAGAUAAGGAAGCAAUGAGGUAUCAUGAAGAAUUGAUGGAUGAAAUGAAGAAAUAUGGUGAUUCCUUACCAUACUCUUACUUGCUAGCGAAGUUCAGACAGAUUGGCGUGGAUACAUACACCCAUAAUUUUACACUUAACUCUCCUCUAAAUAAAAAAGAGAAAUAUGAAGGCAAGAAUUUGUAUGGCAUUUUGAGAGCAGCAAGAGGAUCUAGCACUGAAGCAUUGGUACUCAGUGUACCAUACAGACCACCUGAUAGUGUACACCCUCCUACAGCUCCUUCAGUUGCUAUUAUGUUGGCUUUUGCCAAGUAUGCAAAUAGAGAGAAGUAUUGGGCUAAAGACAUAAUAUUCUUGAUAACUGAACAUGAGCAGUUAGGAAUUCAAGCUUGGCUUGAAGCUUACCAUGGUGUUACUUGUGGUAAUGAUCAUGUACUGGAGCAUGGGGACUUGAAAGGAAGAGCAGGUGCAAUACAGGCUGCAAUCAAUUUAGAGUUACACAGUAAUAUAUUAGGUACAAUGGACAUAAAAAUUGAGGGUCUCAAUGGCCAGCUGCCUAAUUUGGAUCUUUUCAACUUGGCAUCAAAAAUGUGUGCCAAAGAAGGUCUUCAUCAUACUUUCAAAAACAAGGCUGCAAAAUACUACAAAGAUCCUAUGAAGGAAUGGCAAAAUAAUUUUAAGAACCUUUUGGCAAUGAUGGCAACACAAGCUACUGGGAUUCCAAAUGGCAAUCAUGGUCUAUUUCACCGUUUCGGAAUUCAAGCCCUGACUUUGGAAGGUUUUGAAAAUUACAAAGGCAAGGGAAGCAGUAAAGUUGGAUUUGUAGGCAUUGGAAGAAUUUUAGAGGGCACUUUUCGCAGUUUGAAUAACCUGCUUGAAAGAUUUCACCAAAGCUUCUUCUUUUACCUGCUACCAUCAUCUGAAAGAUACAUUUCAAUAGGAUUGUAUAUACCCUCAGUAUGUCUUAUUGCUGGAGCUCUCUUUGUCAAAGCUUGUGCCAAAUGGUUGAAACUGCAAACCAAAGCAGAAGAUUCAUCAGAAGAAGUAUCAGAUUCCUCUACAAGCUUUGAUAAAAUAAUAAUUGUAUUCUUAACCACACACCUUCUGGGAGUGUUGAUGUCCAUCAUUCCCCACUACAUGCCUCUCCUAGCAGAUAUGUACAACCUCAAUUCUAAUACUUGCAUUUUCAAUGGACAGCUUGCCUUUGCUGGCUUGCUACUGUUUAUGCCCAUUUUCAUUUCAUUCAGACAAUGCAAGCAAGGAAUGGAGUUGUUGAAUAUGCUGGCUAUGUUAGAGCUUGGGACCGUUUUGAUAUGCAUUUCCAUGAAUAACUUUUCAUUGGGACUUUUCUGUGCGAUCGUCAGCGUUCCCUUGGCCCUAUGUAUAGGUCCAACAUCUUGCAGAUCCUGUUCAUAUUUCCAGAAAGUUUUCUGGUUGUUCGUUCAUCCGGUGGCCAUACUGAUAACAGUAGUACUAGUCAAUACAUACCUGAUGUUUCCUGAAGAAAGUCCCAAAGAAAUUUUUCACCGAGGAUGGGACGCCACUCACCAGUCAGUCAUUUAUAGCAUUGUUGAUUCCAUGAUUUAUGGAAACUGGUUGUACAGCGUAAUGACGUGCAUUUUUGUACCGAACUGGCUGUGUUUUUGGAUCGUCGCAUUCAGUUAUGUGGACGUUGAACAGCCCGAGUUCGCCAAAGAGAAAAAAGACUAA